AGGGUUUAUCUAAAAUUUGAUGGAUAACUAAGUGGACUCUGAGUCUUUCAUUCGUUUUUAGAUUAUAACGACAGAAAAAUGUUCAAGGGUUUUGCUCUGGUUUAGAAAUGUGAUUUCUGGAGAAGUCGGACUAAUUCAAAUAGGAGUUCUGGAAAUUUUCAUUAUGCUUUAAUUUUGAACUGAUUAACUGAGCCUUCUUGCUUUGUCUGAAAUAAUCGAGUGAAUUGAUAGGGUGCAAAUCAAGGUUUUGACUAGGAGGUUGUGAAAUGAAGAGAGGGACGGAAAGGCCAAGCCAUGAAGUGGUUGGGAGUGAAGAAAUUAAGGAAGUUGAUGAGGUUUCUGGGGCUCCAAAAGAUGGCAUUACUUCAGAAGAGAUGGAAUCAGAUAUGGGGGGUUCUGAAAAUUUUUGUGCCAAUAACCAUCUUACAGGGUUUGAAGAAACUGACCCUGCUAAGGAUGGUGCAGUUAAUCUGGAUUGUGAACAUCAUACUCGGAAGACAGGGUGGAGAAUGCGAGUAUCAUCAGAUGAAGAUGAUGAAGAUGAUGUAAUAGUUGUGGCUGAAGUUAAAGGGAAGGGAAAACAAGUUGAACAAAUGAAUACACAUGAGGUACAUGAAAUAUCUAGUGAUGAUGGAAUGGAGAUGGAAUGGGAACCAGAAGUUAAGAACACACCUACAUAUAGAAGUUUUGUUCCUGGGGUUGGAGAAAUGGAGAUGAACAGUAGGCUUGGAGGUGGCAAUACAUGGGGUGGUGCACGGAGAUACACUAUAGAAGAAAAAGGGAAAGCUAAAGUUGACGGUUCUUCGCAAUCACUAGCUGCCAGUAAGCAGACUCAAAUGGAUGCCAUACCUGAGGGACAGGUAAUUGGAAGACGAAGAAGAACUUUAUGGUACAGACAAUUCCAUAAUCUGGAAUCGGAGGAAAGCUCUGAAUCUGAUUCGGAAUCGGAGGAAGAUACCAUAUCUGAGGGACAGGAAAAUGGAUAUCAAAGAAGAACCAUAUGGCCCAAAUAUUUCUAUAAUGUGGAACCGGGGGAAAGCUUUGGAUUUCAUUUGGAAUCGGACCAAGAUACCUUUUUAGCAGUUUCAGCCUUAGUAAAACUAGCAAGGGAGGAGGCAGCUAACAAAGCUGCAAGGAAAGUAGGUGUGGUAAGGCGAUAUGCAUAUAAAGAUAGAGCUCAUACAGUUACAAGUGACAUGGCACGCCGAAUUGCGCGGUCCAAUCAUCAGGAAGUGGAUAACGAUCUAUCCUCUUCUGGGUUGAAAGAAAAGUCACCACCCAUAGAAAUGUUUGAAGAGUUAGGAAGCUCUCUUGAUCCCUUUUCUACAGCACUGAAGAUGGUCAAGGAGCGAGACCUAAAGAAGAAAACGAAUUUAUCUCAUAAUCCUGUCCUUAAACUUAAUCAUUCUACCCCUCGUGUUCCUACACUACUAAGUCUUUCUUUGAAAACUCUUGCACAAAAUGCGGGAGCUUUGGUUUCGCUUGAGGGAAUCCCUUGUAAUCUGAGGAAAAGACUCACUGACUUGUUAUGUGAUUCGAGGAGAAUGAAUAAGCAUAUGCUGAACCUUCUUUUAAAGGGAUCCCCGACUGAGAUCAGGAUAAAAGACUGUUCAUGGUUGACAGAGAUUGAACUUUCUAAAUCAUUCCUUGACUUUGAUGGGAAAAUGUUGAUGGUUCUUCAGCUUGACCUUUGUGGGCAGGGCAUGACUGAUCAUGUGUUGGCUAGAACCUUUGCUAGAUCUUCUAUUGGUUUUCCGAAUUUGAGAAUUCUAUCUAUAAAGGGUGCAUGCCGUAUAACGGAUAGUGCAUUAACAUCAAUUGUAGCUUCAGCGCCAUUUCUGCAGUCAAUUAAUUUGGGACAGUGCUCUCUUCUUACACACAUGUGUAUUGAAAUUAUAUCGAAUUCACUGGGUGGACUUCUUAAGGAGCUUUACAUCAAUGAAUGCCUAAUGAUAGAUGUUAUGAGUGCUAUCCCUGCUUUAAAAAAAUUGAAAUGUUUGGAAGUGUUGUCAGUUGCUAGAAUUCAGACCGUAUGUGACAAGUUUGUUUCUGAAAUUAUGGAGGGAUUUGGUCAAAAUCUGAAGGAGCUUGAUCUCUUUGACUGCGACAACUUGACUGACUCUUCUAUGAAGGCUAUAGGAGAUGCAUGUGCAAAUUUGCGCUCAUUAAAUAUUUCAAACCUACAGAAAUUGACAGAUAGAGGAAUACAGUUUCUCACUAAUGGUUGUAGAUCAAUUCAAAGGCUCUAUCUUCAACGCAAUGAUUUUAGUGAUGAGGCUCUUGCUGCGUACAUUGAAGCUUCUGGACAGUGUCUGAAGGAACUUUCCCUUAAUAAUUGCUCCAAGGUAAACCUCAACACUGCAUUGUCACUUGCCAAAUGUGCAAGAGAGUUGGUAUUUUUGGACUUAUCUUGGUGUCGUAGAAUAAGUGAUGAGGCUCUAGGGCUGAUUUUAGACAGCUGCCCCCUGAAGCUGGUCAAACUAUUCGGCUGCACACAGAUCACAGCUUCAUACGUGAACGGUCACCCAAACUCGACAGUGCAAAUUGUUGGGUUGAAUUUAGCACCCAUAAUGGACAACAU